UCUGGUAGUGUAAUCACACAGAAAGUGUCAAGUGCAGUUUGUAUAAGGAACACUGAUUAUGACGGCCUAUCAUAUGACUCACAAGUAUUCUUUCAGAGAGUAAGUAGUCUUUCAGAGAGUAAGUCUGAAGUCAGAGUGACACUGUACACCUUGAGGCAUGUCUGCUUAGGCAGUAAUAGCAAUGAAAUGUGGAGUUAUAACACAGAUGUGCAAACAUGUAAAAAAUCUUGUUUCUUUUGUGGUGAGUUAGAAAAACAGGCUUUUUACCGCAGACUUGCACUUAUCAUUCCCUAAUGUGCACAGCAACAGGUCAAGGUUAAAGAUUAGCACCGAUUUUUUUCAAGCUGGUGUGAGAGCUGCAGUGGCUCCCUUCUCUGCAGGAAUUUAUCAGCCAAGGUACGAGUAUCUGUCUAGAAUGUCCAGGCAUGCAAAAAAGCUUAGAGAUCACGAUAUAAAUCCAUGUCUAGCGGAAACAGAUGCCACUACAAAAUGUAUGGAUGACAACAACUAUAACAAGGAUAUGUGUACUGAUUAUUUUUUGAAGUACAAAAACUGCAGAAAAUUCUGGCAUGGAAUUAUGAUGCAAAGGAAGAGAAGUGGUGUGAAACCAGAGAUGCCCUCAGCAGAAGAAAGAAAGAAAAUCUUGGAAUCAAUGGGGAAGCCCUACUGACUAAAAACCUGAAUUGAUGGACUGUUGUCACUGUACACAUGAAGACUUAGCAGCAGCAAGUUACCAUUUUAAGAACUGGAUUUUGCAGUUGCCAUAUGUUGGAUUAAAAUAAGGUCUUAAAUUUUGAAAUGCGUGAGCUUUCUCGGAUAGAGCUUCCCUGGGUUUGUUCCUCUUUCCUGUAUAGGAACCUGGCCUCUCUUUAUUGGAAGAUAUGGGUCUCACUGCAACUUGUGUAGAAACUUUUGGAAGUAGAAACUACCUUGCUGUGAAAUGCUAAAUAUGAAAUUAAUGUAACUUGAAGAAAGCCUGUUUGAAACGAUGGGCUGGUGAGCAUUGCAAUGUGGUUCUAAGUUCUAAGACUGCAGCAGGUUGAGAAGCUGGUACAUGCAACAUGUUUCUUGCACUCAGCUGUUCUGCUCAAUAGUAUGGAUUUACUAUGUGUGAUUUCAUCACUAUUUUCACAUGUUGAAUUCUGUGUCCCCAGUUUAAAUAAGACUGUUCAUGAAGUAAAAUCCUAAAUCCACCAAGCUUGUCCUUGGGUCUGCCACUGCACUUGUCAGUGACAGCAGAAGCUUGCAGUAAGUCAGAUCUGCAAGCUCUGCUAGUUAGAAGGUUAGAGAGACUGAAGAUAAAACUGAACUCCUCAGGUCUGAGCUGCAUAGUAAUUUCUGCAGAUAGUAAAUAGAUACUUUGGUGGCGGGCAGGCAGAGGGGACUUGCAGGCAUGUAAACAGAUCCUCUGAGUGACAUUGCAGGUUUAACUAUAGUACAUCUAUCUAAGACUCUGGACAGCUGAAACCUGGGGUUUGGAAAUGCUUACUCAUACAAGAUUACGAAGCUCAGUUUAAACAGGUACUCUAAUCUUAAAUAAGGUUGUUGGGGUUUUUUUUUAGCUAAAUUAAACUACUAAUAAAUGUAAACAGGUUGCUGUCUAGUGAAA